AUGUCCAGGAAGAACUACACGGUGGUGACUGAGUUUAUUCUCCUGGGUCUGACAGACAGAGCAGAGCUGCAGCCUGUCCUUUUUGUGGUGUUCCUGGCCAUCUACCUGGUCACGGUGACUGGCAACAUGAGCAUGAUCUUGCUAAUCAGGGCUGACUCAAGACUUCACACUCCAAUGUACUUCUUCCUCAGUCACCUCUCCUUUGUCGACCUCUGCUAUACCACCGAUGUCGCUCCUCAGAUGCUGGUUAAUUUCUUAUCCAAGAGAAAAACCAUUUCCGUCACUGGUUGCUUCGUACAAUUCCACUUCUUCAUUGCUUUGGUGAUCACAGAUUAUUAUAUGCUCACCGUGAUGGCGUAUGACCGCUACAUGGCCAUCUGCAAACCCUUGCUAUAUGGUAGCAGAAUGUCCAGAGGUGUCUGCAUCUCCCUCGUUGUGAUUCCUUACACUUAUGGCUUUGCAAAUGGUCUGGUCCAGACCAUCCUGAUGCUUCGUCUCUCCUUCUGUGGACCCAAUGAAAUCAACCACUUUUACUGUGCUGACCCACCUCUGUUAGUCCUUGCCUGCUCAGAUACUUAUGUCAAAGAAACUGCCAUGUUUGUGGUGGCUGGUGCCAACCUAACCUGCUCUCUCACCAUGAUUUGUAUCUCCUACAUUUUCAUUUUCGCAGCCAUUUUGCGUAUUCGCUCUGCUGAGGGGAGGCACAAAGCCUUCUCUACCUGUGGGUCGCAUCUGACAGCUGUCACUAUCUUUUAUGGGACGCUGUUUUGUAUGUACCUGAGGCCCCCAUCCGAGACAUCUGUAGAGCAGGGGAAAAUUGUAGCUGUGUUUUAUAUCUUUGUCAGUCCUAUGUUAAAUCCUUUGAUCUAUAGUCUGAGGAACAAAGAUGUUAAAAAAGCAAUCAGGAAAGCUAUCCAAAAGAAAUUGUUUGCUAAAUAA